UCGGAAAAGUGCAUGGACCAUCGGGAGGAGGCGGAGUAGGUCCGGAGCGCCAUGGCGACCAACAUAGAACAGAUCUUCCGUUCUUUCGUCGUGAAUAAAUUCAAGGAGAUUCAGGAGGAAAACCGUAACAGGGAAUGAAAAUCACCGGUGAUAAGAGUGAUCUGUCCAUAUCACAGGCAGGUACAGGGCCAGCAGCUCUACAGUGUGAGGACCCCAUCAAACAGCUCCUCAUAACCCAGCUUCCAGGACCUCUUGAAAACAUGGACAGCUCUCCUAAUGGUGAACUCGCCGCCCCAGGGACAGAAGAUGCUUUAGAAGUUGCUACCCAGAACGAGGGGAGCAGUCAGACAGUCUCUACCCAGAACGAAGGGAGCAGUCAGACGGUCGCUACCCAGAACGAAGGGAGCAGUCAGACGGUCACUGAAGACACAGGAUCGAAGCCCAUGGAAGUUGAGGAGACAGAGAAUCCAGAAAAGGAAAGUGAAUCGAAAGACUUGAAAACUACAGACCUAAGCUCAGAUGAUGAUGGAAAAAAGGAUUCAUCAAAGAAGAAGUCAAAAAAGCACAAAAAACACAAAAGCAAAAAGAAAAAAAAGAAAAAGAAAAAAGAGAAAAAUGAGAAGAGGUCAAAGUCUGCUUCAAGUGUUGAGGACCAAGAGAAUGUCUGUUCAGAAUCAAAGUCUGCUUGGAAACCAGUCAUUUCAUCUCCGAGCGAGCAAAACACAUUAAACACUUCGUCAUCCCAAAUGGAAGAGAAUGUAGAUACCCUGCCUUCAAUUAAUGUUCAAGAUCAUAAUGUGGAUUCAGUGAAAGAACAUCCUGCAAGGCCUCAGUCAGAUAUUGAUUCAGGAUUCUUUGGUCCAAAGUGUCCAAAUGAAAUGCAUUUUUCAAAUAAUCUUACAAUCUGUGAAGUUGAAAUGACAGAACUGUCAAAAGAACCGACCGUUGAUUGUCAGCAAAAUAUUGAAAACCUGAAAUGUAGUGAGGAAAAUAAUGAAAAACCACAUACAAACUGUGAAACUGCUGAGGCCCUCCAAAAUGAAAUAUUAUUGCCCCAGCCAGUCUUAACUCUUUUAGAAGAAAAAACUGUUGAAUUGGGGAGUAGAUUAGGUUCUGAAACAAAUGAAGUUCCCCUUGAACAAUCUGACAAUAUUUCAUCAAUACCAAUGCAGCCACAGUCAAAAUCGGCUGGUGAAAAUCUGUCAAAAGAAAGAGAAAAAUCAAAGUCAAAAUCAUUAGCAAGAGAAAAAUCGAGGUCCAAGUCCUUGACUAAGGUGCCAAAGAAACAACCUAAUUUAAAAUCUAGGCAGAGAUCACGUUCUAGCUCCAUCGUACGAAGACGAAGGUCACGAUCCAGCUCAUUUGGUCAGAGACGGAGAUCAAAAUCCAAAUCUCCAGUUAGGCGAAGACGAUCAAAGUCUAGCACUCCGGCGCGGUAUUCUAAAUCGCCAAUACGGAGUUGGUGGUCAAAGUCAAUAAAAAUCAGACAAAGGUCUGUGUCAAUUGAAAGAAGGCGACGGUCCCGGUCAAGAUCCUUAGGAAAGAAACGUCGGUCAAGAUCCAGAUCAUCUGAAAAGGGACACUAUUCAAGGACAAGAUCCAGUGCAAAAAGAAUAUGGUCAAGAUCUCGAUCUGCAAAUAGAAGAAAGUCCAGAUCAACCAGCCGCAAACAUAGGCAUCGUUCAAGAUCAGCAAGUAGACGAAAAUCAAGAUCUGCCGUAAGGACUCCCCCAAAGUCUAGCUCACCUUCAAGGAAACGGAAAUCAAAGUCUGCAUCUCCUCGUAGGAGGCAAAAGUCAAAAACAUCCUCCCCUGUCAGACAUAGAUCAAGGUCUCGAUCAGCUGUCCAAAAAUAUAGGUCCAGAUCGGGUGCAGUUGCCAGAAGACACCGAUCCAGAACUGGUUCAGAUUCCAGACGACGCAAGUCGAGAUCUGGCUCUGCUUUGAGAAGGCGCAGGUCAAGGUCUCCUUCAGUUUCCAGAAGGCAAAAGUCAAGGUCUCCAUCGGUCUCUCGAAGACUAAGGUUGAGGUCUCAGUCGGUGUCUAGAAGGCGCAGGUCGAGGUCUGCCUCGGUGUCUAGAAGGCGCAGGUCGAGGUCUGCCUCGGUGACCAGAAGGCGCAGGUCGGGGUCUGCCUCGGUGUCUAGAAGGCGCAGGUCGAGGUCUGCCUCGGUGUCUAGAAGGCGCAGGUCGAGGUCUCCCUCGGUGUCUAGAAGGCGCAGGACGAGGUCUCCCUCGGUGUCUAGAAGGCGCAGGACGAGGUCUCCCUCGGUGUCUAGAAGGCGCAGGACGAGGUCUCCCUCGGUGUCUAGAAGACGCAGGACGAGGUCUCCCUCGGUGUCUAGAAGGCGCAGGACGAGGUCUCCCUCGGUGUCUAGAAGGCGCAGGACGAGGUCUCCCUCGGUGUCCAGAAGGCGCAGGACGAGGUCUCCCUCGGUGUCCAGAAGGCGCAAGACGAGGUCUCCCUCGGUGUCCAGAAGGCGCAGGUCGAGGUCUGCCUCCAAAACGCGCAGGUCAAGAUCUGACUCUGCCUCCAGAAGGCGCAAGUCAGGAACUGUUUCAGGCAUACAGGGACAAAAGUCACAAUCUUCAGCAACAAUAAAGUCUAGGUCUACAUCAGUUGCAAGGGGAGAGCAAUCCACAUUGCUGUCAAGUGCCAGUAAAGUCCAGUCAAGAGAUGACAAGAUGUCAAGCUCUUCUUUGGAAAGGAGAUCAAGGUCGAAAGGAAAAAAUGAAAAAUCAAGGUCAAGAUCUAGGUCUGUCCCUUUGAACUCAAAAUCUGUGGAAAGUGAACCUGCAUUGCAAACUAAAUCUUCUGCUGAACAAAGAAUCCCUGGAACAAUGUCAUUAGAUGAAAAUCAACUUUCCAUUUCUACGUCAAUUGUUGAAUCAGUUGGUCCAAAUUUAUCUACAGUAGAAAAGAAUGUUGAAAUGAAAUUGCUCGAUAAUUCAACUUCACUGACUGAACCAAAAAACUGUGCAUCUCAAUCUAAAACCAGUUCACCCAUACCAUGCAAUGAUAAUGGUAUAGAAAUUGAGUCUUCAGAGUCUUUAGCAGCAGAUAAUAAUGUGCAUAGUUCAUCAACCAUGUCUGUGGAGGAUGAUCACAUGAAAUUAGCAUGUUUCAAAUCUCCAACUGACCAGACUAAUUCUACAGAAUGUGACAUGGAUAUUGAGGAAAUCUCUUUUACACCUAUAGAGACUGAUUGCAUGGAACAACCAGUGGAACUUGUAAAUGUGGUUAAGUUUCCUGAAGAAGCAUCCGAGGUAGAGAAUACAAAGGUAGUAGAUCUAAUUCUUGAUGAGCCUGAGCAAAAGACUUUAGGCAAUACUGCAGUAGAUGGGACUCGGAGUUCUUCUGCAGACUUUGGUCAGUUCCAUGGACUCUCACAGCUGGCAAGCUCUUGUACCAUGGAGUCCACAGAACGUAUUAAGUCUGACGUUUGUGAGGAGAGGUCCAUGGUUGCUCCCUUAGAAGCUCAAGAUCUAACCAAUUCCUCAUGUCUCAUUAAGCCUAACAUGGAAGAUAAACUAGAAUUUGCUCAAAAAGAUUCGGAUUCUAUAUGCAAAACCUAUUUAAAUGCAAUAGAACAUUCAUCUGCUAUAACCAAAUCUCCAGACUUAACAUUACCAAUUACGGAUCCUUUGUCAACAUGUAUGAAAAACGCAGAAAAUCAAUUGGAAUCUUUGCAGAGCUCUUCAACAACUGACCAUACUAUUUCUGAAGGAAACGCAUAUGUUUCUCCAAUGAUCUCAAAUAAUGAAAUCUUAUAUAAUAAGCAAGAAAAUAUUGUAAUCAAUAGUUUAGUUUCAAAUGAAAGCCACAAUUUCCCAGGACAUAGUAGUCCAAGCACUAUGUUCCCUGGUAGUUGGAAGCACACUGAGGAAGAUAUGUCUACAAAUUUGUUAAAUGAUUUUUCCCACCAGAGAAGCACUCCUAAUUUCAAGUCACCAACCAUCAAUUAUGAUAUUUCAAAUAGGAGUCAUGAAUCUAAAGAGGAAAUUCUUGAAUCUAGUCAGUCUGAAGCACAUCUGAAAAGAAUGGAGUUAACAAUUGUUCAAGAUACUCUUAGUGCUGAGCACAGUAUUUCCAGCCCUGCAAAACAGAGUUCAAGUCAUGACAUUCGUAUAUACAGUGAAACAGAAAAAAGUGACCCCAGCUUUGUUGCUCAAAGUGAUUUACAAGACAAUUCUACAUAUAAGGAACUUGUGUCAAAUGAUUAUAAUUUCAAGGAAACAGGUGAAUCUGAAGAAUCGCACCCUUUUGAGAGCAAGACUAAAGAAGUAAAGCUAAUGAAAGAAAAUAAGCAGAGUUUAUCUAGCAUGCACAUCCAUGAAGAUCUUACUAGUACUUGUCAAGCUGUGGAAUCUAAUAACUUACCAGGAUCCUCGCCUUACAUGAUUACAUCUUUGACCACCUCUCCUUCUGAGGUAGAGAAGCUAAAUGUUCUCAAUAAAAGUGAAUAUUCUAGCAUGGAAGAAAAGCCUGCCUCUGAAAGUACCCCACAGAAUAUUCCAGUUCCGUUACAUGUGGAUGACACUGAGUUCUCAAGAUCCAAAGAACUAACUACUUCAGAUGGUUCAAAUAUUACAAACUUGACUUCUCAAGCACAUCCUAGCAAAUUGCUAUGUUCAUCCACUAAGAUCAGUGAAGUAUCGUCUGAAGAGAAUACGGAUUGCACGUCUGUUACUUCAUGUAAUGAGAAGUCUUUAACUGACUCAGCAGAAGAUAAAAUGGAAAUCCAAAGACCUGGUAAAGUGCUUUCAAACACUAUUAAUGCAGAAUCCUACUCUGAUGAAUGUAAAAGAGUUCCAAAACCUUCCCCUUUUAACAAUUUGAAUGAAAGCUGCACAAAACAAGAUGUGGACACGUUUUUGCAUGGUGAUGGUGCCCGGUUGGAGAGUUCUUCAAACAGUAUGCCAAGCAGUGUCCCUGAAGUCAUCUGUCAUUUAGAAGAAAACACUUGUGCAACAGAACAGAAUUCUUUAACUGCUCCCCUUAGUGAAAAACAGUGCUUCAGUGCAUCUCAAAGUUCUGAUGGGAGCCUUGAAAAAGUUGACCAGAAGAAUCAAGAAAAUAAUUUAGCUCAAAACAUUGAACACACUGUUGCAAAUACAGAGACUGAUAAAAAAGAUUGUUCUGCGAAUAGUAUUCCACAGAGAGACCCUGUUAGUAAGCACAGUCAGUCUGUUUCAAAAGAUUUGGCUAUAAGUGAUGACUGCAACAGCCAAGGAAAUAGAGUUAAAUCUUAUACUCCAGAAAGUAGCCGGAGUUUUCGUAUACAACAAAAAGUCAUAUCCAAAAUUGAAGAAAGGAUGAAUUUUGAGGAAGAAGGUUCAAUUAAGUCAUUAACUAAGGAGCCUGAAUUACAAACGCCAGAGCAGAGUGCAAAUGCUGAACCUACUUGUGGUGAUUUAAGACUAAGUAUGUCCACAGAAGAUCCAAAAUUGUCACCUAAGCCCUUAUUGCAUGAGACAGGGAGGCUUUCUGUUUCUUCUAUGCCAGUUCAGUUCAAAUUUAGCAAAACCUUUAAGACUCUUGGUGUAUCUCAGCUUUGUAGCACAUCUGAAGAUUCAUCUGAUGUAGAAUCUUCUAAAGUUAACACAUCUUCCUCUGUUAUCCGUAACACCACAUUGUCAGCAUCAGAUACGUCAAGGUCUCGUAUGAAGACUUCAGAAUUACGAACUACUCCACAAACGUCUGAUAUUGGUGUAGAGCCUUCCAAGUCCUGCUCUUCUGUUACAGAAUCCUCUCAAUCAGACAAUCAGUCCAGUCAGCUUUCUGAGAAAGAUGGCUUGCAGCCUGAAAGCCUCCAGGCAGCAGAUGACUCUCAGACUGGUUCAAGUGCCAAGCACACAUUUCCCCAUAUUUCUAAUGCUGCAUCUAAAUUGGGAGUGAAGCAGCGGCAGUACAGGUCAAGAUCUGUAGCUCAAGACAGUCGAACACCUUCUGUAGACAGAGGGCAUGCCUCUCGUUCACGUUCUCGUUCUCAAAGGCGACGCUCACAUUCUAAAUCUUCAUCACGGAAAAAGAGGUCCCAGUCAACAGCCAGAAAGAAAAGCUCACACUCGAAGUCUGACAGAAAAAAGCGUUCCCGAUCAAGAGACCGUAAGAGACGCUCGCAAUCCAAGGGCAAGAAAAAACGAUCUACUUCGAAGUUGUCAGGAAAAAGAAAGCACUCCAGAUCAAAAUCAUCAGAGAAGAUUGGGAGUUCUAAAUCUUCAGGAAAGCAGAGGAAAUCGCGUUCUAAAUCAAAAACCCAAAAAAAGUCUAAGACUCCAGAAAAGAAAGAGAGGUCACGUAGUAAAUCACAACCAAGAAAAAAUUUACAUUCUAAAACAUCAAGUUCUAGAAAGCGAUCACGGUCCAAAUCUUCAAACCGGAGGAAAAAAUCACGCUCUAAAUCAUUAUCCUCAAGAAGUCGAUCACGAUCAGUAUCUUGGAAACGCUUUUCCCGCUCAAGGCCUUCAUUACAUAGGAAACUUUCCCAUUCCAGUUCAAGAUCAGUUUCUCCACUAAGACGUUCCCGUUCAAUAAAUAAGAGGCGUUCUUACUCAAGAUCUCCAGCUGCACGAAGUCCUUCAAGAUCGCGGUCAAGAUGGCAUCGUUCAAGAUCUCGUGGAAGAUGGCGUCGUUCACGUUCUCUUUCAACCUCCAGACGUCGCUCUAGAUCAACAUCUAGACCUUCUCUAUUGACUAAGAAAAGAAAAUCGUUGUCACCUAGUCGUAGGCGAAGGUCACGAUCCCAAAACAAACAGAAAGAUAAGUCUCCUCUAAGUAAACGCAAGUCAGCCUCUCCACAACCGCUACUGCUACCACCAACACAGAAAAAAAGUGCCCAGUCAAAACCAGCAGGUUUUAAGCACAGCAUUGGAUUGAAGUCUCUAAUUCAGAAACAGUUAUCCCAAGCCAAAUCACAAGGAUCAGCUGGAAAGUUGUCUAAGGAACAAGUACCUUUACCUACUGCAACAAAUAGAUCACAGUUUUCAAUAUUUUCUGCUAGAACACAGGCUUCUAUGUCUAACAUGAGCACUAUUGGACAGAUCCAGGUUCCUAAUCUGGCUGAUGUACCUCUACCUAAUAUGUCUGCAGCAAGUCAAAUUCCUAUGCCAAGCGUACCUCCUGCAGAACCGCUUUCUAUGUCUAGCUUAGCUGCUGAAACACAGUUGUCUGUUCCUGACUUAACCACUGCAAACCAAUGGCAUGUACCAGAUAUGUCUGGAGCACAAUGGUCUGUACCUGACAUUGCUGCAGGAACCCAAUGGUCUAUGACAGACCUAGGAACUGCUACCCAGUGGCCUAUGUCUGAUCUAACAACUGGCUCACAUUGGCCUAUGCAUGAUUUGACUGUUGGAGCACAGUGGUCUAUGCCUGAUCUUGCUGCUGGCACACAAUGGGCUGUACCAGAUGUAGCCACUGGAGCACAAUGGGCAGUGCCUGACUUGGCUGCUGGAACACAAUGGGCUGUGCCUGAUCUUACUGCAGGAUCUCAGUGGGCCAUGGCUAAUAUGACUGCUGCAGCACAGUGGGCAGUACCAGACUUGGCAGCAACAGCACAGUGGGCUGUGCCUGAUCUUACUGCUGGAGCACACAUACAAAGGGCUGACUUGGCACCAGAAGCUCAAGUCCCAGGCUCAGACCUUGCACUUGAAGCUCAGGUUCCAGGUUCUGACCUAGCCACUGAAGCCCAAGUCCCUGGAUCAGAUUUAGCUGCUGAAGCACAAGUACCUGGGUUUGACAUGGUAGCUGAAGCUCAGGUACCUCCUGAACAUGACUUAACUUCUGAAGAGCAUAACAUGAUGCCCGACGUAGCUGCUGAAGCAUUGGUGCCAGUUGCAAGUUCAACAUUUGUCCCUGAUGUUGCCGCAGGAAUUCCAUUACCUGAUGUUGCGGCACAGUUGCCAGUACCUGAUGUUGCUGCUACAAUACACAUGCCAGAUGUGGCAACAGAAGCACAAAAUCAGAUGUCUGAUUUUGUUGCUACACAAGCCUAUAUGUCUUUGGCACCUAAAGAGUCAGUUGAGGAUUCACAUUAUGGAGAGCCUGAUGUAUCUUCUAAACAUCAAGAAGAAUCUGAUUCUUGCGCUUUUGUACAGGAGUCAUCACUGGAGCCUAAUGUUAAUGUUUUGCAAAAUUUUAAAAUGGAAGAAACUUUAUCCUCUGUGCAGCAAUUGCCAGUAGUUUUUACAGAAAACACUCUGUCAACUGAGUUGAGUGAAAAAAACAUCUCACUGGUCAAAGGUGACCUACAGAUACAUCAAGACGCAGAAACAAAUGUGUUAAUUAACCCUCCACAAGUAGAAGCUGCCAUGGAACCUCAUCUUAAAACAUGUAGGUCAUCUGAUGCCUCUUUUGCUUCCUUUGAGAGCUCUGAUUACUCUGUCCCUUCUGAAUCUGUGGAGUCAAAUCAUACACAAGAAGAGUUGAUUGAUUGCCAUAAAAAUUCGGACACUUCCUUACAGUUUGAACCCCAAGCUAACUCUAACUUUUCUGUUGAAUCGCAAUCCAGUCCCAUACAAACGGCAUGUGUUGAAUCCAAUGAAGUCCAUGAUCAGCCUCUAAUUGCUGUAACAAACUCAAUGACUGACGACAGCCUAAAGGCUGAAUCAUAUAAUAGUUCUGAUCAUAUGGUGAUGGAGGACGUGUGUUCAAAAUCUGUCUCUACCAAAUUGGUUUCACCUUACGCCAGCCAUGAUAACACAUUACAAAAUGAAACCUCUGUUAAUUCUAACACCACACAGGAAAUUAACACUCACAGUAUUUCUGACGUAAGUGAAAGUGAAACUUGUACUCCUGACUAUUCUCAGCAAGUGGUACUGAAUCCUAGCCUUGGCCUCCCUUAUCAGACUGAACGCUGUGUUAGUCCAGAAAAACCACGGCUUGUUGAACCAUAUACAAGCCCAGACCAUCCUCAAUUGGUGGAGCCCUAUACAAGUCCAGUACAUCCCCAGUUGGUUGAACCCUACCCCAUCCCACAGCACCGCCCAUUAGUGGAACUCUAUUCCAGUCCAGAGCAUCCUCAUCUUGUAGAACCAUAUGCAAGCCCAGACCUUCCACAGCUAGUUGAACCAUAUGCUAGCCCAGAUCGGCAACAGUUGUUUGAACCCGAAACAGAGCACAGCCAAACUUCUCGACCAAUAAGUCCUGCCUUUGUGCAAAACACCUGUAGCCUUGCUGAAAAACCUGAAGAACAUUCUGACUCAGUCCAUAUUCUAACACCUGCAGCUGUGACAUGCACUCAAAUAAAUUCAGACUCCCCAUGCUCUGAUAGUUCAGAUGUCAAAAGUGAUUUUUCCCAAGUGCAUGAAUACUCUACGACCUCAGAUAUAGCCAAAAAACAAGAUGAAAUAGUUGAUUAUUCUCAUUUCAGUGAAGCAACUUCUGCAAGUGUAUCUGUGCAAGAGGUUCCUUGCCCAAAUCUUCUAAAAACUUCAUCAGAAAGCAGCUUUAUUCCCAAGGAAUCGGCUGCAGAAGAAUGUUCCUGGACAGAAGGUAAGCUUGUAGAAAUGCCUUCAGGAUCUCUAUUGGAGCCCUCUUCAAGCCCUUCCCAGCUUUGCAGUCCUCACACAGUUCAUCAUGAUGAAUCCUGUAUCAUCACUAACAACAAGCCUUCUGAUUCAUGUAGUUCUGAUGAGCCAAAGUUCAAUUCAUCUUGUGUUACCACCAAUGACCAGCUUCUGGGCGAACAGUGUUUAACAGAUGAGCAUGGCCAGUCAAAAGAACUUUAUUCUGUUAAGGAAGAUUCCCAACCACAUAAAGACUUCAUCAGUUCAGAACAAGUGCAAGAAAAAACAUAUAAUAUACCAGUUCAACCUCAAGAAAAUAUUCUAAGUCCAUCUGUACCACACACAAAUGAGCAAUGCCUUAAUGCUACUUGUGUACCAUUUACAGAAUAUGAACACCCUUCUGCUGACUCAAUUAGCCACCCAGACAAAAACUUGUGCGUUACUGUUGUAUCAAAUACCAUCAUAAAUUUGCAAGAUGAAGAUCCCAUCAUGCCUUUAACAGACAUACCUGAACAAGAAACGAUCCCUCAACAUUCGCACUCAGAAGAAAGUAAAGCUGCUUUUGGUUGCGAUCUUCCUGACAAAUUGGUUACAACUCAAGUUGAUGAGCUCUUAGAAAAACCUCACAGUUCAGACCCAGUUGUGCUGCAUGACUCUCAAGAUGGCGGUUCUGCAUCCCCUUCACAACAACUAUCUGAUUGUCCUAACAGUUUUCUGCCAGAGCAUUCGACAGAUGCUGACCAAAGCACACAACCAGAAGAUUCUACCAAAAUCAAGCAAAGGUUUGACCAAACUAUUACAACUGGUGACUCUCCUAACACUGAUGCUUUUCAAUCACCAGAAUUUGACGGGUCUGUUGAAAAACCAUUUUCUACUGAAAAUACUUCGUUGCCAACAGAUUUGCCAGGCUUAAACCAAGAUGAACUACAGGGUAUGACUUCAAACCAAACUUCGGACUUGUCUGAAUGUAUGACGCAUAAACCUGAGAACUCUGGUGAAUGUAUUAAAACUGAUAACCAUUUUACAUCUACUCCACCAGACCUUUUGCCUUAUGAUUCUGAUCAGCCACCGGAUGUGUGUUCUGAACCUUCAUCUGAGCUAGUUUCAUUCAACUCACAGCCACCUCCUGAACUUCUGCCUUAUGAUUCUGAGCAACCUGCAAACUCUUUUCUUAGUACUUCAGAUUAUUCUACUGAACAAGGUUCUUUAGACUUUCAUGCACCGCCUGAGUUAUUGCCCUAUGAUUCUGAUCAACCCACUGUCUUGCAGAACCAACCAACAGAACCUACUGGAGAAGAACUACCUGAGUAUGAGUCAACUGUUAGCCAUCAUGAAACAAAGAAAGUUCUAGAUCUGCAUUCAGUCGACUCUGGGGAAAACUGUGGUAACAGUGAAAGCCUGAAUAUGCAUGAGAUCCCACAGAAAUGUGAGCCUUCCAAUCAAACGUUCAACGAGGAGUUUAAUUUUGUAAAGGAAGUAUCUUCUGAAUGUUCUAUAAAAGAGGUUCCUUCAACAGAGCAAGAGUUUAUUUCGGAUACUUUGCAAGAACCUUCAGUUCCAUCUGCAGUUGUUGAUUGCACCCAAGAGGAUCAUAGUUCUUCCCAGUCUUUAACUGAUGAGCACCUUCAUACUGCUCAGCCAUUAGCAGAAAAUGAGCAACCUGUUUUACAGCCAGUUUUAGAUUCCGAGAUCCCAGCAGAUAUAGUUUCUAGGGAUGAAAAUGAUACAGAACAAGCCUCUCCAUUAGCAAAUAUUCCUGACCCCAAUGCUGAGCAGUUCUCUUCAUCUUGUGAGUUGGAGAAUACCUCGGAAUCUGAAACUUUAAGAGUUUUGCCUUUGAUGCAAGAUGAAGUUUUUCUGGAGACAACAGGGAAAAGUUCACCACUAAUGUCCUUGACAAAUGCUGAGUGUCAACAACCCAAGUCUGUAUGUACAAAGACGGAUCACAUUUCAGAAGUUAAAAGCAGACAUGAACAUUCGCGUUCACGAUCCAUAGACAGAAAGCAAUCUACAUCUAAAUCGGCCUCACAAAAUAAGCGUUCUCGCUCUAAAUCGGUGACACAGACAGAGAAGUCACAUUCUAAAUCUUUAGCAAGAUCAAGGAGAACCAAGUCACGCUCAGCUUCUACUGAAAGCAACAGACAAUCUCCUUCUGUAGUAAAAAGGAAGAAAAACACAUCUGUGGUGCAUAAAAGAUCCUCAAGGUCAGCAUCCCGGGGACGUAGACUGCGUUCUCACUCCUCCUCACUGUCUCCUAGAAAGCGCUCUCGGUCAUCGUCUUGGAGGCGCUUGCAUUCUCAGUCCCGCCAAAGGCAUUCUCGCUCACCCGAAAUUCAUAAGAGGUCUCGGUCACCUUCAGUACCCAGCAAGAAAAGAUCACAUUCAUUGUCCCGCAAGAGGCGUUCACCUUCUUCUUCUGCAACUCGUAAGAAAAGCUCCCCUUCACCUGCAACUCGCAGGAGACGCACACCUUCCCCACCAGCCACUCGCAGGAGACGCUCACCCUCUGUCACUCGCAGGAGGAGGUCCCGCUCACCCUCUGUCACUCGCAGGAGGCGGUCCCGCUCACCCUCUGUCACUCGCAGGAGGAGGUCCCGCUCACCCUCUGCAUCUCGCAGGAGACGCUCUCCUUCACCUUUUGCAGCACGCAGGAGACGCUCUCCUUCACCUUUUGCAUCACGCAGGAGACGCUCUCCUUCACCUGCUGCAUCACGCAGGAGACGCUCUCCUUCACCUGCUGCACCACGCAGGAGACGCUCUCCAUCAUCUGAGUUUCGAAGAAAGAAAUCCCCAUCUGUAACGAGAAAAAGACGCUCCCGUUCCACAUCUGUCUCCCGCAGAAGACGUUCCCGGUCUGCUUCGCAAAGGAAGCGCUCCUGUUCUCCUGCUGCUGCCAGAAAAAGAAGGUCCAAGUCUAAAUCUCCAUCAAAAUCGCCAACAGGCAAACAAUUGAAGUCUGAUCGAUCUCGGAGUCCCUCACAGAGUGAGGUGUCACGUAAGAGGAAAUCACGAUCUUCAUCAAGAGACAAGAAAACUGAUGAAAAGAGAAGAAAAAGGUCUAGCUCUAAAGAUUCUUCUAAAGACUUCUACAGCAUCAAACAAAGGCGGAAAAGUCGAACACCUCCAAGACGGAAAAAGUCAAGAUCUCCUAGCCGGAGAGGAAGCGUGUGCAAAUCUCCAGUGAGGAGGAGACGUUCAAGAUCACCUGUAAGAAGGAAGAGUUUCAGCAGGUCUCCCAUACGGCGAAAGCGAUCAAGAUCUAGGGAUAAGUCUUUGGACUCUGUCAGAUCACCAAAACGUCUCACAGAUCUUGACAAGGCCCAGCUUCUGGAGAUUGCCAAAGCCAACGCUGCCGCCAUGUGUGUUAAGGCAGGUGUUCCUUUACCAGCAAGCUUGAAGCCUGCUACACCUGCUGCACCAACGGACGACAAGAAUCCCCAUCGGACGUAUGGUGUGACCAUACAGGAACUUACUGAGAAAUGCAAACAAAUUGCUCAGAGUAAAGAAGAUGAUGUGAUUGUAAAUAAACCUCACGAUUCUGAUGACGAGGAAGAAGACCGACCUUUUUAUAAUCAUCCAUUUAAAGUCAGUGAACACAAACCAAUUUCCUUUAGUUUACUGAAUCCUAGCCUGAAACCAGCUCCCAAAACCCAGGUAACUUUGACUAAGGAGUUCCCAGUGUCCUCUGGUUCUCAGCACCGGAAGAAGGAGUCUGAUAAGGUGUAUGGAGAAUGGGUCCCAGUUGAUAAAAAUACAGAAGAAAGCAAGGAUGAUGUCUUCACAAACACAGGUCCUUCACAGCCAGUGGAUAUCACCUCUGCAAUGAACGAACGUGCGGUCGCCCAGACCAGGCUUACAGGAAAUCCAUAUGACAUUGAAGCCUUGUACAUGCUGAACCGUGCGCAGGAGCAGAUUGAUGCCUGGGCUCAAUCUACAUCGAUUCCUGGACAGUUCACCGGAAGCACCGGAGCACAAGUCCUAUCGGCAGAGGAAAUCAGCAACAGUGGCCCUCAAGCCUGGCUUAAAAAGGAUCAGUUUCUGAAGGCUGCACCUGUCACCGGAGGGCGCGGUGCCCUGCUCAUGAGAAAAAUGGGCUGGAAGGAAGGAGAAGGGCUCGGGAGAAAUAAUGAAGGAAACGUCGACCCAAUUCUUCUCGAUUUUAAAACUGACCGCAAAGGUUUGGUAGCAGAUGGGGAAAAAGCUUCUAACAAACUGGCUCUGCCCGCAAUGAAGGAUCUGUCUGGAAAACAUCCCAUCUCUGCUCUGAUGGAGCUCUGCAACAAGAAGAAAUGGUCACCUCCAGAAUUUGAGCUUGUUGACGACACCGGACCCGAGCACCGCAAACGAUUUCUUUUUAGGGUAACUGUAAAUGGAGUAUUAUGUCAACCAAGUCAGCCCAGUCUUACCAAGAAGCUUGCCAAGGCUACGGCGGCCGCCACCGCCCUCCAGGCCCUGGGGGCGUUACCGAAGGAGAGCAUGACCUCAACAAGCAACUUCUGCAGCGCCUCAACCAGCACCUUGUAGGUCUAUAGAGGAGUAAAACAGUGCAACACACGGAUGUGAGGAAACUCUACCUAUAGCUGACUGUUUUUAUAAUUGCAUGGAAUUAAUGUGUUUUGUUUCCAAGGCAGAGUCUGUGGCUUUUUGUAGUUAAUGGCUUGUUUGGGUUAUAAUUGCUUCCUUGUUUGUGUAAGGAACGUCGACCUUUAUACUUUAUACUUCCUUCGAUUUUCUGGUGGAACAGCUUUGUCGGGACUACGGUUUAUGUUUGGUAAACUCGCCAUAGAUUUUUCUCACGGUGGGUGUGGUGAAGGCACCAGGGUUGCACCUUCCAGCCAUGUUACAAGAUGCCAAAACCAGGUAUGAGGAGCAAGGAUUGUUUUAUGCAUACCCAGCUAGCAUGAUGCAAACACGUAUUUGUAAUAUAAUUUGUGUCUCUUAGAGCAGUACUGUCCAGCUGUGGUAAAAGUACAACUCCCAGCAUGCCUUGACAGCUGGAAGUUGUAGUUUCACCACAGUAUGGAGACCACUGCUCCAGACAGCUUCCCUUCAUACUCCCCAAGAGCUGAUGGUAAGGUAACCGGCAAAGCCCUCCGUCCUUCCAGGUUGUUGUUUUUUUUUUGUUUUUUUUUGUGCCUGUGUUUCGUUUGUGAUUUUAUACAUGAAUCUGUACGGAUCUUUAUAGCUUCAGCAGAGGAGCUAAAUCUAUCUUGGCCAGAAACGUGGUCUGCAAGAGAUCAAAUGUUGUGUAAUUGUAAAUAAAUCU